CUUCCAAAUCGAGGCAUAAUGGCUGCUUCCGGUGACUGCUGGCGAGAGCAGCGAUCCGUCACCUUGUCCAUCGUGAGGACUUUCGGGAUGGGUAAAAAUAUAAUGGCCGAAAAGAUGCAGGAAGAGAUCGCCCUGUUCCUGAAAUUGCUCGAUAGCUACGGAGGUCAGCCGGUGGACAUUCGAGUGGACACAAACAUGAGCAUAUCAAACGUCAUACUGUCCAUACUGCUUGGUCAACGGUUCGAUUAUGAUGACCCCGUGUUUCAGAAACUCAUCACCCUCAUGAACAUUAGCAUCACCCACGUGAGCGGGACCAGCCUGCUAAACUUCAUGCCCUUCCUCAGGUACCUGCCAGGUGAUCUGUUCAACGCCAAGAAGGUCAGGGACUACGUCAAGGAAAUGAACGAGAUAUUAGGGGUCAGAUAUGUCAAGGACAAAGGUUACGACAACUACGACGAGGACAACAUUGACAACUUCAUCGCGGCCUACGUGAAAGAGAAAAACCGGAAGUUGAAAUCCGGGGAGCAGACGUUCCUGCACGACCAAGACCUUGUCAAGAUCAUUGUGGAGAUGUUUGGAGCUGGCAUGGAAACGACCAGCAGCACCAUCUUGUGGUGCAUCCUGUACACACUGCAUCACCCGCGUGUUCAAGACAAAAUUCACCAGGAGCUGGACGCUGCCAUUCUUGGAGACAGGCUGCCGAACAUUCAGGAUAAAACGAACCUCGUUUACCUCAACGCGGUCAUCAUGGAGACCCAACGCCUGGCCAGCACUGUCCCCUUGAGUGCACCUCACCUGUGCUCUGAGGACACAACUCUGAGAGGCUUCUUCAUCCCCAAAGGUACAUGCAUCCUCCCAAACCUCGACUCUGUACUGCUGGAUGAAAAAAUCUGGGGAGUUGACGCUAAAGACUUCCGGCCAGAGAGAUUCAUCGACAACAAUGGCUGCCUUCUCCACCCUGAAGAACUAAUACCUUUCUCUAUAGGCAGACGUCUAUGCCUUGGCGAAUCCAUCGCCAAAAUGGAAUUAUUCCUUUAUCUGUCUUCCUUAUUUCAGAGGUAUACGUUCAGACCAGAAAUUCAAGGUUUCCCGCCAAAAAUGACAGACAUUUUCGGGAUAGUAGCUGUACCGGGCGCGUACAAAGUGAGAAUGCUGAAGAGACAGAAAAAACAGUAAGAUAUGAUUCACAUUUCUAGACCAAGAAGUGAA